UUCUUAAGUAUGCAUGGAGGCUAUUACUAGCUAUGGUGUUUGUAACUACCUCAGAGAGUUUAAUUCUAUCUCAACUAGUGGAUUUCUUGUGCCAUUACAUGACCACGAAAGUGAUAGGUACCCUCUGGAUUUGUCUUCUUCCAGCGCUAUUCCGGGACAGUUACAUUACCAACUCAUUUUCACACAUGCGUUACUUUUAUAUGUAUUGGCUGCACAUGGUUUGCUCUACAAUAUGCUGAACUCUGAGACUCAUGAACUUCUAGAUCCCUUGACAACUGCAGCAGAUGAUCACAGUAUUUUUGACAAGAUUGAUGUUUUCUAUGCUGCACCGAAAAUGACAGAAACAUAUGCAGCUUUAGCUUCUCAGACAGAUAUCUCUUUUGCUUGGAAUAGUUCAGCCUCAUCGAUUGAACGUUCGCUCUACAGGUCUGUUGUCUUGACAAGAAAAGCAUGGCUUGAAAAUCAGCUGGUCAAGGCCCGUAGACAACCAUUUAUGAGUUUUGCUAAGUUGGAAAAAUGGGUUACACUGCCUAUCAAAGUUGUUAAUGUUUUUCUGUAUGUCAUCUUUACCGGAGGCUCUUCACUUUGCAUAUGAGUAUUGUUCAGAAUAUCCAAUUUCAAUGUACAGCAGUGGAGUUCUUUCUACUGACUUAUACUGUCUUCAUAUGUUCGCAUCUGUUUGUGGUAUUUACAGUCUGAGAACCAUGA